UUUGUCGGCGUCACAUAACCUAAAAAUUCCAAACAUUGUUUAUUGUUGUGUUUUACUAAUAACGAAUGCAAUUUAAUAACUUUUCUUGUUAAAACACGAUAAAACCAGUCAAAAUGUCCAGUGCGGCAGCCCAAAUAAUCGCCGCCCCAACGGUACAGCAAAUACAAAAAGACCGGAUAACACAGCUCGCAGACAAAUACUGGGCCCCACAUUCAAUAGAAAAUCAUGUGGAGUUCGAUCCUGAGGUUAUCGAGGAUAUUUAUAUGCAGGACAUACGGGGCAGCAAUUUUUCUAUUAGAAGAAUCAUGGUUCUCGAGUUCAGUCAGUACUUGGAAAAGUUCUUGUGGCCCAAUUACAAACCUGGAGCCUCUAUAGCUCAUAUUCUCUCAAUAGUUACUAUGGUCAACGAAAAGUUUAGAGAAAGAGUGCAAGUUUGGCAGGCUUUUCGUAAGCAAAACGACUAUUUUCCAGACUUUUUCCAAAGAGUCUUGGAGCUUUGCCUCGAAGAUGAACUUCUGGUAAACAUAAGGGAACAAACCGCCCUCCUGAUCUUCCUAAAUCACUGCUUUAACAGCAUGGAAGAAGCCCUAUGUCGGGACCAAGUUAAAAGAUUGGUGUCCCUUUCCAUGUGGAUCUCAUUGCAGCCAAUCAGACGAGAGCACGAGUUCAAACUCAAUCCCAAAUGGAAGAAAUACUGGCGAGCGAUUCAAAGAAAAGACAAACCAGAUCAGGCGGAGCAGCUGAUGUGGGAAAGAACUUUCUUGCACCGGUUGAUGCUAAAGUUUUUGGGGGUGCUGGAGAGCAUUGGGGCAGAAGGGAUUUGUCCACAGGAUAAAGUGCAUUACAGCGAGAGGUUUCUGGAGUUACUGAUCGACUUGGAAGCCCUAUUGCCCACCAGGAGGUUUUUUAAUACUGUUUUGGACGAUUGUCAUGUGGUGGUGAGGUGUUCUCUGUCUGGUUUGGUGAGGAGACCUGAGGGGCAUCUGUUUAAUCAGCUGUUGGAAAUGUUGAAGUUCUACACGAGGUUCGAGAUUAAUGAUGAGACCGGAGACCCCUUGAGCGACCACGAUAUGACCCAACUUCAUUACGACAAAAUCACUUCGUUACAGAAAGCCGCCUUUGCCAAAUUUCCCGAGUUGAGGGCGUUCUCAUUGGCCAACGUUGCCAGCGUGGACACUAGGAGGGCCCUGGAGAAACAUUUCGGACCUCUAAGUCAAGACCAGUUGAGGGCGAUCGCGACUUAUUUAUGUCUGGUGUCGCCCCCCGGGGACGAGGAAAAAGUGAAAUGGUGUCGGGUCGAUAAGAUAUUUUUGAAGGAACUUUUGGUUUCCCGGCAUGAAAAACGAGUUUCCCAAUUGGUGGCCCUCAACGAGAUGCCCCUUUAUCCAACGGAAACGAUCAUUUGGGACGAGAACGUGGUGCCGACCGCCUAUUUCUCCGGAGAGGGUUGUCUCGCCCUACCGAAACUCAAUCUACAAUUUCUCACUUUACACGACUACUUGCUGCGGAAUUUCAAUUUGUUUCGGUUAGAGUCUACGUAUGAAAUUAGGCAGGACAUCGAGGACGCCGUGAGCCGCCUGUGCCCUUGGAAAUCGGAAGAUGGCAGCACCUACUUCGGAGGUUGGGCACGCAUGGCCCACCCGAUCGAACACUUCGCGGUCGUCGAGGUGGCCAAGCCGAACAUAGGCGAGACUCGGCCGAGUCGCGUGCGAGCCGACGUCACCGUGAACCUCUCGGUGAAAACGGAAGUGAAAGCCGAGUGGGAGAACUUGCGGAAGCACGACGUUUGUUUCUUGGUUACCGUUAAACCGCCCAAUUCGAUUGGUACAAGAUACAAGUACAAAGAGCCGUUUGUACCGCAGGUGGGGCUGCACUGUAUCAGGGGCUGCGAGAUCGAAGGGAUGCUCGAUAGUAACGGGAGGGUGAUCGAGGACGGGCCCGAUCCCAAGCCCAUUUUGCCUGGUGACCGUAGAACCUUCAGAGUUUGGCUGGACUGUAACCAAUACAGGGAGGACAUGAGCGAGGUAAACAAAGGCAAAGAGGACGUCUACGAGAGUUUCAACAUAAUCAUCCGUAGAAAACCCAAGGAGAACAAUUUCAAGGCCGUUUUGGAGACCAUUAGAGAACUGAUGAACACCGAAUGCGUCGUACCCGAGUGGCUCCACGACAUAAUUUUGGGUUACGGCGAUCCCAGCGCCGCCCACUACGGCAAAAUGCCGAACCAAAUCGCCACCUUAGACUAUAACGACACGUUCAUAGACGCGAACCAUUUGAGGUCCUGUUUUCCCGAUUAUCAGAUCAAAUUGAAAAUCGACGAUCCUAAGAAUCUGGUGCGACCGUUCCGGUUGACCUUUGAAGAUCUGGGAGUGGAUGAGGAGGAGGAGGAGGGCGGGGGCAGGAAGGUUAUCGUGGUGGAACCUCAUAAGAUACCGCGCAGGGGUCCGUAUCAUUUUAACGAACCUAAGAAAAAUAUGAUACCGUUUACGCCGACCCAAACCGAAGCAAUAAAGUCCGGAAUGCAACCGGGUCUAACUCUGGUCGUCGGUCCGCCCGGUACCGGAAAAACCGACGUUGCCGUCCAAAUAAUCUCGAACCUCUACCACAACUUCCCGAAUCAGAGAACGCUGAUCGUGACCCACUCGAAUCAGGCGCUGAAUCAGUUGUUCGAUAAAAUCGUCAAGCUGGACAUCGACGAGAGACACCUGUUGAGGCUGGGACACGGCGAGGAGGCCCUAGAAACGGAAAAGGACUUCAGCAGGUACGGCAGGGUGAAUUAUGUGUUAGCCAAGAGGAUCGAUCUGCUCAACGAGGUGCAAAAGCUGCAAGAGUCCUUAAACGUCGAGGGGGAUCAGGCUUACACCUGCGAAACCGCCGGUUAUUUUUAUUUGUAUCAGAUAUUGUCCAGGUGGGAGCACUUUUUGAGUAUCGUCAAGCCUAAGUCCGGAAAGCCAAUCCCUCCCGAACAAAUCUCGAGCGAGUUCCCGUUCCACAAGUUCUUCGAUAACGCCCCCCAGCCCUUAUUCCAAGGGCGCACCUACGAGGAAGACUUAGAAGUGGCCGAAAGUUGCUUCAGGUACAUCGAGCACAUCUUCAAAGAACUGGAGGAGUUCCGGGCGUUCGAACUGUUACGCUCCGGCCUGGAUCGCUCCAAAUAUCUCCUGGUGAAAGAGGCGAAAAUCAUCGCGAUGACUUGCACCCACGCCGCCCUAAAACGCAAAGAACUGGUCGAAAUCGGCUUCAAAUACGACAACAUCUUGAUGGAAGAGUCCGCCCAGAUAUUGGAGAUCGAAACGUUUAUCCCGUUACUGUUACAGAACCCGCAGGACGGUUACAACCGAUUGAAACGUUGGAUUAUGAUCGGGGAUCAUCAUCAGUUACCGCCGGUGAUUAAGAACAUGGCGUUCCAGAAGUAUUCGAAUAUGGAACAGAGUUUGUUUACCAGGUUGGUGAGAUUGGGGGUGCCCACGGUGGAUUUGGACGGACAGGGACGUGCCAGGCCCAGCAUUUGCAACUUGUACAAGUGGAGAUACAAAAAACUGGGAAAUUUAAGUCACGUGGAAAACUGGCCCGAGUACCGUAAGGCGAACGCGGGUUUCGUCUACGAUUUCCAACUGAUUGACGUGCAAGACUUUAACGGGGUCGGAGAAUCCGAACCGAAUCCGUAUUUUUAUCAGAAUUUAGCCGAAGCGGAAUAUGUAGUCGCGGUGUUUAUGUUCAUGAGACUGAUCGGUUAUCCGGCAAGUAAAAUCACCAUUUUGACCACAUACAAUGGGCAAAAGCACCUUAUAAGGGACGUGGUUAACGCGAGGUGCGCUAAUAACCCGUUGAUCGGCAGACCGCAUAAGAUUACGACCGUCGAUAAGUACCAAGGACAACAGAACGACUACAUUCUACUGUCCCUAGUCAGGACGAACGCGGUGGGCCACUUGAGGGACGUGAGACGCCUGGUGGUGGCCAUGUCCAGGGCCAGACUCGGCCUCUACGUGUUCGCCCGAGUGUCGCUCUUUGAAAAUUGCUUCGAAUUGACGCCUGCCUUCGAACAGUUGACUCAACGUCCGACUAAGUUGCACAUCGUCCUGAACGAGUUUUAUCCCACACAGAGGGGGUGCCAAGACACCAAUCCCGCGAAAGCUGCUCCCACGGUAAUCGAGGAUAUGGCCCACAUGGCCAAUUUCGUUUAUCAGUAUUACACUAGCAGGGUGAAACAGUUGGAGAUGCACUAUGAGCAAACCCAAAAACAGUGGGAAAAACCGGGCGACAUCGUCCAAAAAGACCACGAAGGUCUGAUCUCCCAGCAUCCCGGUGAAGACAGAGAUACAGAUAGCGAAGACGAAACGGAACAAACAAAGACACAAAAACCGGUACCCAUUCAGGAUGAACCGAUCGACGAAGUACCGGUAGCUGUAGUAGAGCCAGAAAUCGCGAAUGUAGAAGAGGAGGAGGAGGAGGAACGAGAUGUUGAGAUGCAGACAAACGUGGAAGAGCACCAAGAGGUCAUGGAUACAGGAGAAGUCGCUCAGGAUGAAUAAAUAAUAUCUUUUAUAGGUUGUUAAGGAAUAAAUAAAGAUUUUUCAAAUUAUAAA